AUGGAAAAUGUGGUGUCUCUCUCCAUCUACGGGCAUCGAUAUGCAGUCGAGGAUCUCAAGCUAACUACAAAAGGAGGCGCCGAGAUGGGCCUGUGGGCACUGUUGUUAGUGCCGCUCGCGGCUGCUUCGCACAUCUCAGAAGUGGCAGUAAAUGUGGAUGAGUUGAGCGGUAAAAGACAUUCAAGUUUCGUGCCGCUUGUCUCCUUCAAAUGUGGAUUCCGAAACAAAUACAUGUCUGAUGAUGGUGAAUGGGUGUCUGAUGCGAAUCGAUACGCCACCUGCCAAACCGGGAAAUUAGAUAUUCUCAAGUAUUGCAAGCGGGCUUAUCCAACCUUGAACGUCACAAACAUCGUUGAGUACUCGCAUGAGGUGACUGUUGAGAAAUGGUGCAAGGAAGAGGGCUCGCCUUGUAAAUGGAGUCACACUGUUCGACCAUAUAGAUGCAUUGUUGGCGAGUUCCACUCUGAGGCUCUUCAAGUGCCAAAGGGAUGUAAAUUCUCUCAUGUGAAUGGCAGAGAUCAAUGCAAUGAUUACAAUCAUUGGAAAGAUGUCUCAAUGCAACAAUGUAAUGCAAAGGGAACAACGAUGAAUGUGCGCUCUUUUGCUAUGUUGGAGCCAUGCGGGCUUGAUUUAUUUACUGGAGUUGAGUUCGUGUGCUGUCCAUCAAAUGGCGAGCCACUGAUUGAGGUGAAACCAGUUACUCAAAAAGCUGCCGUGAAAAAGGAGGAGUACGAUGAUGAGUAUGAUGAUGAUGAUGAUUCAGUGUCAUUGGAAUCUGAUGAGGACGAUGAUGAGACCAAGAAAGAACAAGAUCCAUACUUUAAAACCAUUGAUCCAACAAAUGAACACGAGAAUUUCAAGAAAGCCGCCGAGAGAUUGGAGAAGAAACACCGGGAUAAGAUUAACAAGGUGAUGAAAGAGUGGAGUGAAUUGGAGGGAAGAUAUAAGAAAAUGACACAAAAGGAUUCGAAAGGAGCAGAGGCAUUCAAGGCUGAGAUGACAAAUCGAUUCCAAAAGACUGUCGCAUCGUUGGAAGAGGAGAAUAAGCAAGCAAAACAAGAGAUUGAAAAGGUUCACGAGGAACGUGUGCAAGAGGCGUUGAACGAAAAGAAACGUCAGGCCACUCACGAUUACCGCCAAGCUUUGGCUCUUCACGUUGGAUCAGCAAACAAGCACAAUGUGCUAAAAACUCUUAAAUCGUAUAUUCGAUCUGAGGAGAAAGAUCGAAUUCAUAUGUUGAAUCGAUACAGACAUUUGAUGAGGACUGAUAUCGUUGAGGCAAAGAAAUCCAAGCCAGAAUUGUUGCAUCGAUUGAGGUAUAUCGAUUUGCGAAUCAAUGGAACGCUGGCCAUGCUUCGUGACUUCCCCGAUCUUGAGUCACAGGUUCGUCCAAUUGCUCUCGCUUUCUGGUCAGAUCUCCGUAAAGAAAACACUCCUGAGAUCACCGACGAGGAGAUCAACAAGUUGAACUCGCUCUCCAAUGAGGCUCAAAUCGAGAAUGAGAAAGAGAUCAAGGUCGCCACAACCACUGAGGCCUCGAAGAAAAUCGAGAAGACCAAAGUUCUUCCUGAUGACACUCGUGAUAGUGAAGAAGAUGAUGAUGAGUAUUACGAGGAUGAGGACGAUGAGGAAGUGAGAAAGAUCAAGAAAGUGCCGAUCAAGGCUGAGCAACAAAAAGUCGAGCUGAAGCCAAAGCCAAUCUCUGUUGAAGUGGAAGAGCUUAAGAAAGAGUUACCAAAGAAAGAUGAAGGAGUACAAACUGAUAAAGAAGAUGAAGAUGAAGAUAGUGAUGAGAGUGACAGUGAUGAAGAUGAUGACAAGGAUACGAUCAAGGAGCUUCGUGUCGAUAUUGAGCCAAUUAUUGAGGAGAGUGCUCUCCGUGAUGUUCACGCUUCACCAGCUUUCUACCGUCAUGAUAAACUCGUCCAGAGUGAAAUUGAUUCCGAGCUUUCGUCAAUGGGAGCUCUCAGUUCAACGCAAAUGAUCGUUUUGAUUGGAGCUGCUGUUAUUUGUACGCUUCUUUUAGCGUUUGUUGUCAACAACAGACGACGACGAGCUCAUGCCGGCUUCAUUGAGGUUGAUGUGUGCACUCCGGAAGAGCGUCAUUUAUCGGGAAUGCAAGUGACCGGCUACGAGAAUCCAACUUACUCAUUCUUUGAUGCUAAACCC